GAACCCCUUAGGUCCCCCUGCUCUCUGAACCCCAUUUCCUGCCCCUGACCCCUCCCCCAGAACCACCUCGGUCCCCCUUCUCUUGCCCCAAGCAAGAGGUCUGUGCCCCCUGCCCCUCCACACUGACAAGGCAGAGAGGCCACCCCAGUUCCCAUCUCCAGCUCCGAGUUGUGGGCAACACCACCCUCUAAGGCAGCCGGGAGUCCCAGAGCAGGGGGUCCCUUGCGGAUUUGGGGGAAGGGGGGAGGAGGCAGGAGCGCAGGCCACUUCAGUUUCACAGCCCCCCGCUCCUCUGGGCUGGGCAGAGACGAAGAUGCCCCUCCAAACUGCCCGCUCUUACCUCGGCUUCCACCUCGGGCGGUUGGGAAGUUCCUGAUGUCUAACCCUCAUCCCUUCUGCUGCAUUCCAGCCAAUCUCCUGGGAAAGAGCGGCUCUCCGGUUUCCAUGGGUACCAACGGAGCACCCGAGAUCCACAUGAUGCCCAAAAUAGCAGCCCCGCCCUGACGGAUGUAGGACCCUCCUCCCCGCCCCCCUCCGCCGAGCCUCUCUCUCAAGGGGACGAAGGCCAGGUUGGGCCCUGGCCGCCCGAGGCCCCCGCCCUCCCUCCCGAGCCCCGGACUCGGCUUCUCCUUUGCCUCUCUGACGACUCCAGGGACCCCGAGCCUCUAGUCCUCUAUUUCGCCCGCAGACGGCCCACGUGAAGAGCAUGCCAGCCCAGUGGCCUUGACUUCGUCCUCCCGCUCCCCCGUGGCCUGUGCCCACCUUGUGCCCCCAGCAUGGCUCAAGGGGCUCUGCGCUUCCGCUCGGAAGGCGACUGUGCCAUCUCCCCCCCGCGCUGCCCCCGGCGCUGGCUGGCCGGUGGCCCGGUGCCCCAGAGUCCCCCGCAGGGCUUCGCGCGGGGCCCGGGGGCGGGACGGGCCCCGAGCCCCGACGGGCGCCGGGCCCAGCUGGGCAUGUACGGGAGCACGGGGUCCCUGGUGCGCCAGCUUGGGGAGCCGGGGCCCUUCGGGCGGGACGCGGGGCGGGUGACGGCCCCCUGCACCCCGCUGCGGGGCCAGCCUGCUCCUCGGGGGCGCCCCUCGCCCCCCGUCACCCCCUCGCCCCCCGCCGCCUCCGCCGCGGGGCCCCGCUCCGUGGUGACCUUUCGCUUCGUGGAGAAGGCCAGCGUCAGGACGGCCAACGGGCUGCCCGAGGGCGGGGGGCAGCGGGGCGGGGGUCUGAGCCGCAGCCUGGACCUGGGGGGCCCCCCGGCUUCCCCGCCCCAGCGCCCGGCCGGGCAGUCCACCCCCACCCCCGCCGGGGCCUUGGGGCGCAAGCUGAGACUGGAGGCCUGCGCCUCUGACCCUUUCCCGGCUGGGGGCAACUCCCUGCCGGGCCCCGCCCGCCGCCCCAGGCCCCCCAGCCCGCCGCCCAAUGGAGAGAGCCUCUUCUCGUCUCUCCCCAACGGGCUGGCCGGCCCCACCGAUGACCUGGUGGCUUUGCUGAGACAUCCUGGGGCCACGGAGCCCCCAUAUCAGGGAGACUCCCGGUUCUCUCCCCGGGAGGCCUCUGCCCAUGCCCAACGCAUUGCCCGAGCCAAGUGGGAAUUCUUCUACGGCUCGCUGGACCCUCCCAGCUCAGGCUCCCGGCCCCCCAGCUCCCCUUCCCCGCCCCCAGGACGGAAGCGGCCGGCGGAGGUGGGAGGCUGGGGUGGGGGAGGGCCGGGCCGAGGGCAGCCGGUGGCCAAGUACUCGGAGACCGACCUGGACACUGUGCCACUGCGCUGCUACCGAGAGACCGACAUUGAUGAGAUCCUGGCUGAGCGGGAGGAGGCUGACUCUGCUAUUGAGAGCCAGCGGGACAGCGAGAGCCAGCCCAGCUCCGGGGUUCGGGUCGGGGGCUCCCCACCACGGGCAAGGCCCGCCCCCGCCCACGCCCCGGCCCAUGUCCCCACGCCCCGCCCCAGCAGUCUUGGCAGUGCCAGUGAGGACGACGAGGAGGACGAGGAGGAGGAGGGGGAAGAUGAGGUGUUUGAAGCCUCUGAGGUGGAGGAAAGGGCCAGGCCAAUGGUCCCCCUCUGUGGCCCUCUCAAGUCUCCUGGGCCCUUCCUGCCAGGCAGCAGCCCCUCCCCAGAGGGCACCGAUUCCUUCAGUCACCACUUUGAGAGCAUUAUGGAGUCGCACCGAGCCAAGGGCACCUCCUAUACCAGCCUGGACUCCCUGGAGGGUUUGGGCUCCCCUGUCCCCACCCAGAGUCCCUAUUUCACCUUUGAACUGCCUGCACCUGUUCCCACCCCCUGGCCUGCCCCUGCCCCCUGCCUCACCCCCACCCCCAGGCCUGCUUCCCCUGCUGCUCCUCUUGCCCCUCUGGAGCUGGACUCAGGGGCCAGCUCUGCGGCUGAUGCCCCCUGGACCGAACAAGAGGAAGAGGAGAAGGUGGCGGAGGAGGAAGAGGAAGAGGAGGAUGAGGGAGGGGAAAAGGUGGGGCUCUCCAUGGGGGAGCCAACGAGCCCCUGCCACUCCGAGGACAGCUUUGGGCUGCCAGUGCCCCCUGAGAGCAGCACCCACCCCCCGGGCCAGCUGGUGUCCGACUCGGAUUCGGAGCUGGACAGCACGGAACAGCUAGCCCUCGGCAGCACGGACACGCUGUCCAACGGGCACAAGGCCGACUUGGAGGCUGCCAAGCGGCUGGCCAAACGCCUCUACAACCUGGAUGGCUUCAAGAAGGCAGAUGUGGCCAGGCACCUGGGGAAGAACAACGACUUCAGCAAGCUGGUAGCCGGAGAGUACCUCAAGUUUUUUGUCUUCACGGGCAUGAGCCUGGACCAGGCUCUCAGGACCUUCCUGAAGGAGCUGGCACUGAUGGGGGAGACCCAGGAACGGGAGCGGGUGCUGGCUCAUUUCUCCCAACGCUUCUUUCAGUGCAACCCCAGCAGCACCCUGUCUUCAGAAGAUGGAACCCACACAUUGACCUGUGCCCUAAUGCUGCUCAACACCGACUUGCAUGGCCACAACAUCGGGAAGCGCAUGACUUGUGCUGACUUCAUUGGGAACCUAGAGGGACUCAACGGGGGCAGUGAUUUCCCACGGGAACUGCUCAAGGCUCUCUACAGUUCCAUCAAGAAUGAGAAGCUGCAGUGGGCCAUUGACGAGGAAGAGCUGCGGCGCUCGCUGUCUGAGCUGGCCGACCCCAACCCCAAAGGCAUCAAGCGGAUGAGCAGCUGCUCCAACCCCUUCCUGGACUUCUCCCCCGAGCCUGGCUCCUGCACGUACAAGCAUGGCCCGCUCGUGCGCAAGGUGCAUGCCGACCCCGACUGCAAGAAGACACCGAGGGGCAAGCGGGGUUGGAAGGCUUUCCACGCUGUCCUGAAGGGGAUGAUCCUCUACUUGCAGAAGGAAGCCUAUGAGCCAGGGAAGGGGCUGGCAGAGGAGGAGCUGAAGAACGCCGUCAGCCUCCACCAUGCCCUGGCCACGCGGGCCAGCGACUACAGCAAGAGGCCCAACGUCUUCUACCUGCGUACGGCCGACUGGCGCAUCUUCCUCUUCCAGGCGCCGAGCCCGGAACAGAUGCAAUCCUGGAUCACCCGCAUCAACGUGGUGGCGGCCAUGUUCUCCGCACCCCCUUUCCCCGCAGCCGUCAGCUCCCAGAAGAAGUUCAGCCGCCCCCUCCUGCCCAGCUCCACCACUCGCCUCUCCCAGGAGGAGCAGGUGCGCACCCACGAAUCCAAGCUGAGGGCUGUGGCUUCCGAGCUGCAGGAGCACCGGGCUGCCCUGCCUGACAAGAAGGGCAAGGGCAAAGACAGCGAGGAGCAGCGGCAGAAAGAAGCCUACUUGGAGUUUGAGAAGUCCCGCUACGGCACCUACGCGGCCUUGCUACGAGCCAAGCUCAAGGCGGGCACGGAGGAGCUAGAAGCGGUGGAGGCCGCCCUGUGCCAGGCAGCGGGCAGGGUAGGCGAAGAGGGGCUCCGGCCCGGGGCCGCGGCCCCGACCAAGCCUCAGCGCCACGGCUCGGAGCGCCACAGCGCGGAGCACCGGGGCGGGGAGCACCGGAGCGGGGAGCACCGGGGCAGUGGCGGCAGCGGGCGCCAGAAGCCCUGAGUAGGUUGGGGCCGGGUCACUCACUGAAUGCCCCCCGGUCAGGCACCCGGCGGUCCCCGGGGGUCGUGGAGUCGGCCGAGCCUGCCACCGACAGGAGGCGGCGGGCGCAGAAGCCAGUGUGGAGGGGCGCCAUCCGCAAGCCAUGGGCCUGACCGCGCCGGACGCGGGGUCCCCGAGGCCAGAGUCAGGGGGGAGAGGGGUGUCAGGGCUCCGGGGCCGGGGGAGGGGGAGCCAAACUCCCACCCUGGCCUGGGCAUCUUCCCCCAGAAACCAUUUUGUGAUACCGUUUUGCACUUUUUCGUACGGGGUGGGUGCUGGGGGUGGGGAGGGGACUUUU